ACGUCACUCAAGCGUAUUUAAUAAAAACUAUUAAGAAAAAAUACUCUGAAUCAUGGAUUACACACCAAUUCCUUCUGUGUUCCCAGCCAAUCCCUUUGAUGCCGAAGCCGAUGCUGCUGCAUUACGUAGUGCCAUGAAAGGUUUUGGCACCGAUGAACAGGCCAUCAUUGACAUUCUCACAGCCAGGUCGAAUGCCCAACGCCAGCUGAUAAAAGAACAAUUUUUACGUGAAUAUGGUCGUGAUUUGAUUGAAGAUUUAAAAAGUGAAUUGGGUGGUAAAUUUGAAGAUGUCAUUGUGGGCCUUAUGAUGCCCCCCGUGGAAUAUUUAUGCAAACAAUUACAUAAAGCUAUGGAAGGUAUGGGUACCGAUGAAAGUACAUUGGUGGAAAUUCUAUGCACCAAAUCCAAUGAAGAAAUGGCGGAAAUUGUUAAAUGUUACGAAGAUAUGUAUGAUCGUCCGCUGGCAGAACAUUUGUGUAGUGAAACAGAUGGACAUUUUCGUCGUUUAUUGACAUUGAUUAUUACCGGGGUGAGAGAUCCAGUGGGUACAGUGGAUCCUGAAAAGGCCAAGGAGCAGGCUGAACAGUUGUAUAAUGCUGGUGAAGCUAAAUUGGGUACCGAUGAAGAGGUGUUUAAUCGCAUUUUAGCUCAUGGUAGCUUUGCCCAACUGCGUUUGGUUUUCGAUGAAUACAAAGAAUUGUCGGGUCAGACAUUGGAACAGGCUAUUAAACAUGAAAUGAGUGGUGAGAUGCAUGAAGCUAUGAUGGCUAUUGUUGAAUGUGUUCAAUCACCAGCUGCCUUCUUUGCUAAUCGCCUGUACAACGCCAUGUCCGGUGCUGGAACUGAAGACACAACUCUAAUACGUAUUAUUAUUUCGCGAUCUGAAAUAGAUUUGAAUAAUAUUAAAGAUGAAUUUGAGCGGAUCUAUAAUCGCACUUUAGUUAGUGCCAUUAAGUCCGAAACUUCUGGUGAUUAUAAACGGGCCUUGUGCGCCUUAAUAGGUGAUGCCUAAAUAUAUAUGUUU